UUUUUUUAAACGCAGACAGACGAAAGUGAACAAGCUAUAGUGUGGGGCUAAUGAGCUUUUCGGGUGGGGACUUCAACUUCAGUUGCUUUGUUUGUAUUCAUUUGCAAAGUCAGCGGCCAGCUCGUAGCCUAUCAGUGCUAUCACAUUCUUCAACUUCAAACCAACCCUAGUGUCUUCGACUACAAAUUGAGAUGACGAAGCACAAAGAAUGCGAAAUUUUUAAUUCACUAAGCAUGACCAGGCAUGACUACCCCAUAGGUUAAAGGUUGUGAUGUCAAAGGUCAAAGGACGCUUAUCCAUUCGAAGGAAAACUCGGAAGUCUUCAAGUCAGCAGAAGGAAUGAAACUGUCACAACAACACGGACUGGAAUGACAAUGUUUUGUUGUGGAGUGAAUAGAUCCAGUCUUAUUUACCCUAACUAGCCUGCCUACUUUACUGGACGAAGAAGAUCAGGACCAGGUAGACCACUGGUCGAUACUUCCCACGAAGACCAACAUAAUAUACUGCUCUGACAUCUUCGAGAUCACUUUCUCAAAACGACCAGCUUUGCACCUCAAUUUCAUUACAUAAACUGAAAGUGAAAGAGUUGUCAGCGAAAGAAGGAUACAGCAACGUUAAAACACAUUUGGACAUCGAGCAAGCGGCCCUAUAAUUAUAAUGACCAACGUUUGCCAUCUUUUCAAGAAUUACGCUUGAACUGACAGGGCAAAUCGUCACAUUCGUCUGGAAUGGAGUUGGGUUUUUUUUUCACGAAGAGUUUGUAGACAGAGACUAACAGACUGCUGCCUGCAUGAAAUACACUGAUCGAGCGGUGGCAAUGUGAUGGUGUGGGGUUGAAUUUCUUUCAAGCACAGGACCUAGCCGCACAUUUUCAACGGUUCGAUCGACAGCAACGAGUACCAAAAUGUUUUCCGAUUGUACUCGGUUCCUUUCUUUUAAACUCAUAGACGUAUGCACCCAUUCCAGCAUAACAAUGCGCGCCCACACGUUGCUCGUGUAAAGGUGCAAUAUCUACAGCAGCAAAAUGUGAAUGUUUUGCCAUUGCCAGCCUACUUAACACACAUGUCACCCAUGGGCCUAAGAGUGAGCUCCCUAAACAACAUUAACAUUGUAAAACGACGGGGAUAAGCAUUUAUUCAAGAGUUGAAUAGACUGCUUCAACAAUUUUUUCUUUGAAGCUGAUUGGAUCAAUGAGCAGAACAUGACAAGCUUGCAUCAUUGCAAAGGGCGACAAUACCCGCUAUUGACGUGAAAUUUUGAAAUCAAGGAGAAAUCAAGUGUGUGCUUAAAGCCCUGAGCCACCAGAUGAAACAUAAUCAAGAAACUAAAGGGCUGAGCACCUACCAGGUACACAAGUACGAUCCCGCAGCGCAAGGUUGUGACGUCACAGGAUGACGUCCAUCUUGAAAACGACGAGCCAUCUGAGAAAAAUACGAGAUAACCUUGGAGUUGUUCGGGAAGUGUUUGGCAGCAAAGCACUCGGUCACGUGUACCGGGGUUGUGCUCUGACCUACAUGUACGUCACGGACAGAGGUUUGUGAGCGAGGCCAUUGUCAGUACAAACCGACCUGGGAUCGCUUCCAAUUCCAAACCCCCGAAGUAGCAGACGAGACCACAGACGUGGGAAGAAGAGACUGGAAUUGCGACAGUGGAUAGUUCUUCGUUGAGAAUGAUAAAUCGGAGGUACUCCACCUUCGAGUUCGUUCCUAUGAAUUCAAGGGUCUACUUUUUUGGCUUUCCCUUUGAUGUAGGCCUGUUGUUGCAAUUUUGAUCUUUGAACGCCGCUGCUUAUGUGGGUUGAUCAAAAUUUGCUUUCGUGAGCUGCAGCUUUUCCAAAAAGACCAUAGCACCUUUUGUCUUCUUCCCCCCAUUCUGCGAGGCAGACGACAUCGCGGACGUGGCGGGAAGUGAGUGUUAGCCCAACUGGUCACCACAUUUCUCCCCAUGUCCCAAACGUGCAGUUAGCCAGGUGCAACGGCUGAGACCCCCCCCCCCUCUUCCUUUCCUCCUUAAACCGAUCCCAGCCCUCGCUUCAGUCUCAAAUGGGUUAAUCGUUCGAAGGGCUUCGUGCUGUCGAGAGAUCAGUCGCACUGGGAGGACCUUCUAAGCCGUAGCAGACGACAGCCCCUGCUUUCUCUCCUUCUCGGUCGUCCAUCUUUUGUCAAGGCUAGAUCACAGGAGACAGUAUUGUGCUGCUCCUGGUGCGCUAGCGCUGCGUUAUUACUGCCCCUCUUCUUUGUUUUACUUCUCUGUUUUGUGUUAACCCCUGCACUGCUGUGCUGAUGACACUUUUGCGGGCGCAUACACAGGACUAUUAGAGUAUUGUGUGACCAUAAGUGAACCCAUUACGACAGCGAGCUACGAGUAGUCUACCUAUGACGCCAUGAGCACUUGCGCGUCCAUACACACGCCACAUUGCAAGUUAGAUCCUUCGAUAGAACAAUCAGAGGUAGAAAUGAAGGGAGCCAAUCGUCCGUGCAAGUCUAUUUUGAAGGCCAGCAGUAUCUCUUUCCCGGAAGAAAAUGGCUGUGAUUACAGUGAUUGUAGUGGUGUAGGUGAUUUGUCAAAUGGUGAUUCCAUCGAGGACGAGUGCAGGAGAGAAGGAGAUUCUUCAACAGUUGUGAGCAUGCUGGAGGCCAAGCGUGAUCAGCCAAUGACGUGGUGUCUCUCAGAGUUUGACAACUCUUAUGAACCUUCACUGGCGCCAAAGGAGGAACCGCAGACUUAUACAUCAGUGAUAGACGGGUGCGGCGAUAUACUGUGCCAGUUUCAGCUGCAGAGGAGUCAGGUCUCCGAACAAUCUGGUGGACUAAACGAUGGUGUUGGUUGUGCGGACGAGAAGCCUGAUUGUGGUGGCAUCGUUUCGAGAGUCGGUAGUAAAUCGUACAUUCCGGUCAGCAGUGGCGUAGAUGAGCUCGAAGAAAGGCGUGGCUCUUCCUCCUUCUGUGAUGGCGAGAAAGUGGUCAAGCUGUACUUGUGUGAUGAAAACUCUAAUGCCAGCUGCCCCCUGGUGGAAGUCCGGAAGACAAAAGUGAGCUUUGCAGAGCCAACCAUCCUUGAAGUGUGCUACGAAGAAGGGGUGCCGCCGUCUUACAAGUCCACCUUGGCGCACGAGGUCACUCUGGAACAGCGUCUGAAAAUGCUGCCAAAGGCUUUGGUGGUCCUGCCCUUCACCUUGGUGAGGAAGAAGCUGUCGCGGAAGCAGAUAAUGCAGCUGGGCGCCAUGAUGGCUCUGGGCUUUGUGCUUGUGGGCGGGAUCUUGGUGUGGGUGUUUUCGCCCGCCAUUUUCGGAUAACCACACAUUGCAGCAGGGGUUUGGGACACAUUUUGUGUAUGCAUGCAUUCAUUACUUCUCUCUCUCUCUCUCUCUCUCUCUCUCUCUCUCUCUCUCUCUCUCUCUCUC